AUGGACACUGUCAAUGUUCAUGAUGUGGGUAUUGAUACACCCAAACUGAAAGUUACAAAUAGAUUUAAUUGGGAUCCUCAUACAUUCAAGGAAGAUAAAGAGUAUGCUAAGUUUAAGGAUAAGAAUUUGGAGGUAUAUGAGACAUAUUACGAGGCUUUAUUUUGGGAUACCGUAGCUGUUGGAGACAAGGCUAAGGUACCUUGCAAAUUUGGCGACAGUAGCACUCCGGAUGAUGUACAGUUUGUGGAUAUUACGGAUGGAAAAGAAGCUAGUGAGGAAUUCCUCUUAUUUGAUGAUGUUGAUCCUUUUCUCACAUAUGAUUGUUCUAAGAAACUAGACAGUGUUUUUGAUGUUUUGUUAAUAAGGAGCACUCAGACCUCAAGACAAACCACACACUCACCGACAACAGAAGAUUGCAUGGCAAUUGUGUCUACUUUCCCGGGUCUUGAAAAAGGCUCAAUAGGAUAUUUGGAAGUGUUAGAGGUCUUUCUAAAGAAGCCAGCUCGUCAGAAUUUUAUGGUUCCAAAGACUAAUGAAACAAAUAUGGAGUUUCUCAAGAGGCUUAUAGAGAAAGAGAAGUAG